AUGAAGCUUUAGAAUAGAUAAAAAUUAGGAAAUUAAUGGGAAAGGUAGUGAAGAAUAUAAACAAAAGGCAUAAUAAUAAAUUGAUAAGGCAUAUUAAUAAGUUGAAUGACUCUGUACGUAUUAAGUAUGAUUUGGUUUACUUGACUGUGCACUGAUCCUAAUGCCACAUGAAAACGAGUCUUAAAUUUGUUUAUCGCGUUUUUGUCACGGUUGCAUGGACUUCGCCUAACAAUUAGACUGGUUGACUAGGAAGUUAAUUCUAAGAAACAUGGAGAAACUUGAGAAGCCUCAAAUAAUUUGCCAUAUCGAGAAAUCGGUCGAUUAUUCUUUAUUUGAUGCUAAAUGGAUACCGUGCAGUGCCAAGUUUGUGGUUAUGGGCUCACGACCGCGCGGUACCGGUAUUAUACAAAUUUAUGAAGUGUCAAGCGGAGAAUUAAAACUCGUUAAAGAUAUCGAAAGAUCGCAGCCAGUGAAAUGCGGAACUUUCAAAGCUUCUAGCUUAAAAGACAGAUAUCUGGCAGCUGGUGAUUUCCAGGGUAAACUGAACGUCUACAACCUGGAGGAUCCUUCCGUACCAAUUUACACAGCUAAUGCUCACAAUGGGAUUAUAAAUAGCAUCGAUGGUGUAGCUGGACAAAGCAUCGGAUGCGGUGCACCUGAAUUAGUGACCGGUUCCAGAGAUGGAAGCGUUAAAGUUUGGGAUCCUAGACAGAAAGGACGUCCGGUAGCUAUAAUGGAACCCAAGGAAGGUGAAACUCGCAGAGACUGCUGGGCAGUUACGUUUGGAAAUUCGUAUAAUUCGGAAGAAAGAGUGGUAGCUGCUGGUUACGACAAUGGGGACAUAAAAAUGUUCGACUUGAAGACAAUGUCCGUACAAUGGGAAAGUAAUCUAAAGAAUGGUAUUUGUAGCCUCGAAUUUGAUAGAAAGGAUAUCGCGAUGAAUAAAUUGGUAGCAACUACUUUGGAGUCAAAGUUUUACUUGUUCGACUUGAAAACACAACAUCCUAAAAAGGGAUUUGCUUAUCAUAUGGAAAAGGCGCACAAUUCAACGGUAUGGUUGGUCAGACACUUGCCACAAAAUCGUGAAAUAUUUGUUACUUGUGGUGGGGGAGGAACUCUUUGCCUUUGGAAAUAUAAUUAUCCAGAAAAAAGAAAAUUAGCGGACGCGGAUGGCAUCGAACACGGAGUCAUUGGCAAUCUAAGUCUUCUACAAAAUGCUACUCUUUCAUCGCAACCCGUCAGCUCUUUAGACUGGAGUCCGGACAAACAAGGACUGGCUGUUUGCACUGCGUUCGAUCAAUGCAUAAGAGUUGUUAUCACAACGAAACUAAAUACUUAUUAAGAGAAAUGCAUAGAAUUAAUUGUAGACUUCGUAUACAGAGAAUGUUCGGGUCUCUGCCACGUGUCGUCGAUCGACAAUGCAUCGUUAAUAUUAAAGACGUUGCAGUAAUUGCACACGCUUGUAAAUAUUAAUUGCCUUAUUUUAUAAAACUUUUAUAAUUGACGAACAAAGCAUUAAAUUUCUUUCGAAACCAAAAAGAAGUUACCACUGUGACUACUCCCGUUCCUUUUUAAUUAUUUACUCUUUCAUUGGUAAUCCCAGUAAACUAGAACCAAUUCUCAAAUACGUAAGGGACGAUAAAUCAUUUUUUUAUUUUUUUUACUGGUGGACCACGAACUCUACCAUUGGUGUUUCUAGAAUUCAGAGAUAUGCCAGGCGGUGUCCGACUUAUCAGAGUUGUUGUAAAUAACGAGAUGCAGUUUCAGGGUGGCAUCGAGAGCUGGCAGUGCUCUGCUUGCCUAGGACUAUCGAUUUUUCUUAGUCUCCGUCGGUCCCUUGCGUUUGCAAGCGUUGCGCAACCUCGCACGGCCGGCCAGAUAAAAGCGAAUUAUAUGUCAUUGGGCCAAUCUAUUUAGGAUCAGACCCUUAUUAAGUGGCAGCCAUGUUGCUGAACGACGGUGUUACGCAACGGGCAGCCAUGUUGGGGUUAUAGACGAGCCCACGCCAAGUGCACUUAUGCCACAUUGUUCGAGCCAGCCUCGAUCGGCUCGCAUUCAGCCGUACAAGGUCAGGAAUACCGCGAGUUUAAUUACAUAAAUUAACUCUUGACUCUACCCCGUCCCUGAUGGCGUCUCUAUUUGUACGCUCCUCUCAUCUCGCUCUCGCGUACUCGACAAAGCCCCGUUUCAAUUAGAUCGUGUUUUUUAAAAUGACAAUGGGCACUUUUAAAAUUAUCUACGAGUCGCUGAAAAACGAUUUACGCAAUUUAACCAAUUGCCUAACAAUUUGAUUCGUUAUCGAAAGCAGUCGAAAAGGCAAAAAGCUACGAGCAAAGGGAAUAAGAAAAUUACGAUGCCCCGGUAAACGUAAUGUAAUCACAAAAACGAAAUCCAAUUGCGACGCGAUAUUAAUCGACUUGCAACGGAGGUGCACAGAAACUGUUCGUUUGGAUUUGUACCAAUUCUGUUAGCUGAUUGCAACGCACGGUGUAAAUCUAGAAACUCCGGUGGGUGUGGGGAGGAGGGGGAGGGGCAGUUUCGUCGUUGCCUAUUUUUUGCACGCAUUUUAUUCAAUAGCAG